CUCUCAUGUCAUUUCUAACCAUUUCUAAACAUAGAAGUGUGACAUUUCAUCAGCUUGUAAAAUUGUUAGUUUGAGUAAAGAAACUCGACUAGGAAGGAUCCAAACCACAGGAUCUGGGAAACAACAAUCCUGGAUUUGGACCUGGAAGACCAUCAUAUCAUGGAGAAUGGCAAAAUAGAGGGUACAGGUAAUGACAUAGAUGCUAUAGACCUUCAGUUGCAGGCAAUGUGGGUGGAGCUAAAAUCUGGAGUUGGAAGCAUGGUCGAAGAUUUCGCCACCCUACGGCAAACCUACAGCCGACUGGAGGAGAAGGUCUCCACCUGUCAGCAAGAAACUAAUGACAAGAUCCUGUCUCUCAGAAACACACUUAACACAUUACAGGAAGACAUAAGUACAGUUCAAACGCAGCUCUCUGAGGUCCGGAGCAACCAAAAAGACCAACAGAGGGACCUGGACCUCAUGCAGAGCACACAACACAGGAAAGGCUCAAGGGGGGAGGGGUCAUUGGAUGGCCACGCUUCUCCGAACAGCCAAACAGAACUCAAUCUCAUUCAGCAUUACAUCAGUAGCCUGUCAGCCAAUCCGAACUCUUUUCCUGAGCAUGACGGUCAAAAAAAGUCUCCAAUUUGGAGGGAGAAAAAAAACAGCCGAGAUCUGAAAGAACAAAACAACUCUGCUAUAACUCAGAGGCCGACGGCAGCGCUGGAGCUUUUGGAGUCUGAAAGAGUGUAUGUAUCCUAUCUCUCACUCCUGUUAAAGGCCAACAUCAGUUUUAACGGCUCAGAGAACCUCAACGUCAAAGAUAAACGGCCUUUCCCUCCCUCUCUGCGUUUCUUGAUUCAGCAGCAUCUGGAACUCCUGCACGUCCUCCAGGAGAGAGUUCUUAAGAGCCACUGGCAAGGCAUCAUGGGAGAUGUAUUUUUAAGGCUCACCAGCAAAGAAAGUGAUUUUCUGGACCAUUACGUAUCGUAUCUACGGGACUUGCCAGAAUGUUUGACGGUUGUAAGUCUGUUUUCCUCUUCAAAAUCAGGCAGCUUACUGGAGAGUGACAUCGCAGGGGAUGAGACACGUCCAUCGCUGCACUCUCUGCUUUUACAGCCUGUCCAACGUAUCCCAGAAUACCAUACACUCCUGCAGAGUCUUCUGCAGCAGACAGAGUCAGAGCAUCCGGACUAUUACCUGUUACUUGUGUCUGUGCAACAACUCCGAUCUUUCAUUACCCAGUACAGCCAUUUACUACAGCUUAACCAGGAGCUUCUGCAUGACCACAGUCAUGCCCUGCGUGAACACACACACAACCUGUGUACACACCAACAGGAGCGCCCCUCACACACCCGAAAAGAGCUAAGCAGGUCUACAGUGAGACAGCUGUAUAAAGUCGACUAUGAGAAAAAUUACAGCAGUAACAGUGCACAAAAUGAUCCCUCUCGACGUAACAGACGCUACCCUGACUAUGAAGCGAUGCCCUAUCACUAUGAUCCAGAAAUCCCGUCCCCUGUCUCCUUCCUGUCCGACUCUGACUCUCGCCACAAAGCUGUCUCAGUUCCUCUGCGCAGCAUCCCAGAGACGGAAGGAGCAGGAUCUGCCCUCACUGACGCUCUGGGUGCACUCUUUCCCUACGGAACCGGAGACUACCGCUGCUCAAGCCCAUCUCAUUCCUCGGACUCCAGCAUUGAUAUUGCCUUUGUGCACUGUAGUCCUUCCAAUAGUCCACCUCCACAAUCCCACAGUAGGGGGCGAAGUGCUGGGGGUGUGGUUUAUAGGCCCAACAGGGCCUGUGUGUCACCUGACUCUGCAGACAUUGUGAGACCACACCCUCUACAGGCAGUGCAGAGAAAGAGCAAAUCACUGAAUGGCCUGCAAAUGGACAGUAUUGAUAGCCACACCCACCAGACAAAAAAUCCUGCCCAUCCGAGGCUGGAGCGUCAGUCAAGUGGCAAAUCAAGACUGAGGUCCAGCAGUCCAAAGCACAGAUUCGAGACACACACUGACACAGAGGAGCAGCCACGACUAAUAAAUCAAAAGGAUCCUAGAAGCCUGGUGUGGGAGGAGCUCAAUUUGAGGGGUGUGUCUGAUGACUAUGACCACACCCCCUUGAGUGAACGUGGUAGGAAAGAAGGAAAAGGAUUUAGGAACUCCUUCAAAAAGCUUUUUAAGAAGAAGUCUAGUGGUGAUGGAAAGGAGAAGACAACAGUAAAAGCUGAUUGUCAGACCAGUGGAGAUCUGGAGUCCACCAAAGCCCCUCAUGCAGGAUUCAUUGACAGAGGAACUGCUGUUUAAACAGUUUUAGAGGUUCUCAA